UUUCGUUUGUGAAUAAGUCGUCUGAUGCUUGGCGGCCGGCUGUAAACGGCACAGUUCGGGUCCUCUAAUGGCGGGAAAUGUUGGCUCACCGCCGGCUGAGUGUCCCUCGUGUGCUGCCGGUGGAAUUCGUUCGUCAGUGAAGCUCUACCAAAUAAAUCUGGAGCAAGCUGCUGUUUUUUGUGAAAAUGCUUCUUGCCCAUUUCCAUUGUUUUCUCAGGAUGUGUGCCCGUUAGUUGUAUCACAUGCUGCAGUUCCCGAACCAGCUGCAAACUCGAAAUUCAAAACAAGAAGCAUGGAUACAGAGUCCAUGACGUCAACAUGCUCAGUUUCAUCCUGGACAUCACAUGCAAGUACCAUGAGCAGUGUUUCAAGCAAUGUUGCCACCCCACCUCCAUCCAUCAGCAGCAAACCUUUCAUCUGGCCAUCAAGUCAAUAUACAGUUUACCAACCUAAAGCCAUGGCUCCAAAGCAAAAUAAUGUUUUUGAUUGGAUGACCCCAAUCUCAUCAUCUCAAUCAAGCCCAGCAUCUUCCAUCAUUAGUUUCAAUGACAGAGAAGUUGAGAGGGUGAUGGACAAGUCUGCAAAAUUAACACCUGCUUCUGAACUGCCCCCUAGUCCUAGCCCUACUCUGUCUGACAUAUUGGAUGCUGUAGGAAGUCAGCCAUCAGAAAGCAAUGACUCGUAUAUUGAGUCAUUGUGUUCUUUUUUGGAUGAAGUAACAGAAGCCCCAACACCUUCAUACAACUCUCCCGUGACGGAAGAAACAGCAUCUAUGACUACUGAGUUUAUCGAUGUUCAACAAGCCACUUUUUCUGCAGAACCGAUAGCCCUACAAUUGCCGGAAACUUCAACACCAGUCCGUCAGCCAACUAAGAGAGUAGUGGAAGACAUUAGUUCAAACGAAUCUCGGACUAAACAGACAAAAACAUCAAAUUCGACACCUGAAUCCAUAGCUGCAUGGCGAAAUAUCGAACUCCCUGUUAAAAAAUCGUCCGUGCGUGCGAAGAAACCUCGAACGCCUGCAGUAGCGAAAACCCGAGUCAGUCGUAGCGCCUCAAGUUCAAGUGAAGGCAUAUCCCCUUCAACUCCCAUCCCACAACCACUAGUCCCCCAACCAGCCAUCGCUGUUGAAGUAAACGAUGAAGGAAACCAUGUUUUCACUAUACAUCCGGCCACCCCUGUCCCAUCAGUAACACCCAAACCUCAAUCUUCUGCAAAAGCUGUUAAAGCCACCGCUAGUACUCUUCGUCCUAGUAAAACUAGUAAGCCCCCCAAAGCCGCCACUGCAAAACCAGCCGAAUCUAAAAGAAGUAGUAAAAAGAAAGACCCAUUUUGUGUCCAAUCUUUGGUGGAAAAGUUCAUUGAAGCAGCAAAAAAUAAAAAACUUGCUAGUCCCAAAGCUCCGUGAUUUGGGAAAAAAUAAAACACGGUUUGGAACG